AUGGAAGUGGCUAAAGAAAAGGAAUUGUUCAAUACACUUUCUCCGAGAGCUUUGAAUCAAUACAAAUCUUAUUAUACAAAAUUCAUUCAUUGGUCAAUCAAAAAAAAACAUUUCAUUGACCAAGACUUGAAUUUGCAAGAUGAUUCCGAUCUUGUUUCCAUUUAUAAGCACAUAGAUGUCUCUCCGUAUCGGUUACAUUGGUUUAUUAUCGAUACGUUUUAUAAACAGGGGGAAGAAGAUAAUGCAAUAUAUGAUUUCCCAGCAACUGGUACCAUUAGAAAGAUAAUUGUUGCUCUUCGAUUUUUUAUCAAGUUAAUCAAGAUAUAUGAUAACUCUUCUGCAGAAAAAUAUUUCCCCGAUCAAGUUCGUGACGAGGAAUCGACUCUAGUAGACGGGAACGAAUAUUUGGAAAACUUGUGUAAAUUGAUUGAUCAUUAUAACAAGAAUCAAUCUGGUUUACAAAUUUAUUCCAAUUCUAUUGCAAAUUCAAAUGUUACAGCUAAUAUCCCAUCACUUUUGAAAAUAUCUUUAAAUUUCUGGAAUGAUAAUAUUCACGAAUUGAAUCAAAAAAUUUUCAAAUCAGAUUUAGAAAAGUUACGAUUUUUAGCAGACUUCCAAAUAAAUGCUUAUUUAAAUUUAUCCUUUAACGAUCGAUCUGCCAUCAAGCUCGUUGAUAUUUAUUCCACAGAGAAAAAUAAUUUGAUUUUCAAUAUUUAUUCAAACCAGCAUUUGGCAGGCAAUGCUCCUCACCAGAUCUCCAAAAACAUUCUCCUGGCUAAUGAAAAUCCCUUUAUUUGCCCACUUACUUCUUUAGCCGUAUAUAUGUUUCUUCGUUUUUAUGGGUCUACUCCAACAGCAAAAUCUAUGGGGUUCCCUGAUCUAUUAAACAAAUCCACACAAAAUAAAAAUAUCAAUUGGGAAGAAUUACCUUUGAUUAGAGGUAGAAAUUAUUUGGAUUAUCCAAAGGAGACUUCUCUUGCGUUAUAUUAUCAUACCGCAUUUAAUUAUUGUCAUAUCCCAUAUAAGAAAAUGAAUCAUUUCCAAACAAAAUUAUUAACUCCAAUUAAUUUAUCAAAUAAAAAUAAACAAUCUAUUAAUUUCCCCUCUAUAGAUUCCACAGAAUUAAACGCUUUCUUUACAGGAUUAGAUGACAGCACAUCUUUCCCUAAUAACAUACCGAUUGAUUAUACAUUAAUCUUAAAUAAAACAACUUCAACUGUUAUAAAUGAUUCAUCUCCACUCCCCAUGGAGUUAUUAUAUCAAAUCUUUCCAGAAAUUGAAAUUUAUAGGAAACAUAGUUUGAAAGAUAAAUUAAAUGAACAUCAAUUAAAUUUUUUAAAUGUGAUGGAAACUCUUCGAUUUAAUUUAUUGAAAAAUUUACCAUUUAUAUUUAAGCUUUUCCCCAAUCAUGAUAUUUUCACUCACCCAGUUUUCCAACAAUCUGAUUUUGAAAAAUUUUUUAAUGAUUGUCUAAAAUUCAAUUCAUCAAACACUUUAGAAACCUCUAUAUUACCUUUCCCAAUAUUACCAGGUAUAGAUUCACGUUUAUUUGAUACCUCUGAUAUUUAUGAAAUUUUAAUUGAACCCCCACAAUUUGAAAAAACUAAAAUUAAGAAUGGCACAACUACACAUUCAAAUUUAGAGACUAUUAAAUUAGAAUCUAAUACGGUUAGUACACAACAAAUUUUAAAUGAAUCUUUGAAUUUGAUUAAAUCUCAGUCUGUUUCUAACGUUACAUUUUUAAUUGAUACUAUUUCCAAAUUAUUAUUAAAGGAUGGUAAUAACAAUAUGGAGCAUUUUGUUGAAAAAUUGAAUGUUUUAAAAAAUUCAUUUUUAAAGCAUUUAACUAGCCCAAAUAAUACAAAAGUAAAAGAUGAAAAGGUGAAAGUUAAAAAAAGAUCAUCAGUAAGGCCAAUAAAAUUAUUAUCAUUAGAUUCAUCUUCAGAAGAAGAAAUGGAUGAUAUUGAAGAAACAAAUCAUGAAUCAGAAGCUUUAUUGAUAAAGAUAAUAAAUCAGUUUGAAAUUGAAAAUGAAAGCACGAAUGAAAGUUCAAAUGAGAAUGUAAAUGAAAAUGAAAGUGAUGAUGAUAAUACUGAUGAAGAUCCAAAUGUUAUGCAGCAAGAAUUGAAUCAAAUGAUUGAUACUAUGGUGAAUGAAAGAAUUCAGAUAACAAUGGUAAAACAAUUUGAAGAUUUUGAAAAAACUUUUAUUAAUCUCGUGGAGGAUUUAAUUACUGAAAAGUUUAAUAAUGAAUUAAAUCAAAAAAUUGAAGAAAAAAUUAAUUUAAUCAUUGAUAAGAAAAUUAAUAAGAAAUUUGAAGAUAUAAUAAAAAAUACUCAAACAAAUUUAUCUGAUGAGGAAGAUGUUGAUGUAACUAUUAAUUCCAUAAGAAAAAGAAGUUUGCCUGAUGAAGAGAGUGAUAAUUAUGAUAACUAUGAUAAUUAUAAUAAUAAUGAUGAUAAUGAUAAUGAUGAUGAUAAUGAUGAUGAUGAUAUUAAUUUUAAUCAGAAUCACGAUGAUACACAUGAAUCACCAAAGAAAAAAAUUAAAAAGAAUUUACAAGAUGAUAAAACUAAAGGUUUACUCAUAGAAUCUGAUUCUAACACACCUUUGAAAUCAAAUGUAGCUAAAUCAUCUGAAAUUCAACAACCAACCUCGGAGCCUCCAGUAACUACAUCAGAAAGUCAACUUAAUGCAUCACGACCUCAAAUAAUCACAUCUGAGCCUUUAAGGGCAGCUUCUGAACCUUCAAGGGCAGCUUCUGAACAUUUUGCUAAUAUUUCUAAGACAUUAGACAAUGAUCAUGUUGAAAUUACAAAUAAUGGUGAUUUGGAGAAUUUAACUACUAUGGAUGAAAGAAAUAAUGCCACCAAUAUAAAUAUUUCUAGAUAUGCCCCUACAGAGCCUCCUCCACAAAGAACUGUGCAGACUAAUACUUCAGAAUUUCCAUUUGCAAUGAAUCCAACAUUUGAUACUGUUCAAGAAGUUGUUGAUGAAUGGUUAAUACCAAACCCAGAAAUGGGGAAUCAAUGUGUUUCUACAAUGAAUAAACAAUAUGGCAAAAAAUGGAGACUUGAUUUUAAAGAUAUUUUUAAACAAAGAAAAUAUAUUGUUGAAUUCUAUGUGUUUUUAGUUAAUAAAAAGCAUAAAAGAUUUGCAGAAGCAGUUAGAUUAUGUGAAUUAAUUCGUUCAACUUUCAAUAAGGAAGGAAAUAUCUUAGAUUCAUCAUUAUCAUCGUUUGCAAACAAAUUGAAGCAAUGGAAAGCCGAACAUAAUCAAUCUUAUGAAGGAUUAUUAGAAACUGUAGCUCAACCUUGA